CCAACACCACUGUUAGAGCGAGCGCCACACAAGGAAAGAAAUUUUUUAGAUAGUAUCUCCUCUGAGGUUUGCAGAUUGUUCUUAAUUGGCCUGGUUAUUAGCAUUGUUGUUAACUCGGUAAAACAUUUACCGCCUUAUCACAGGAGAAAGCGCGUUCGGCAAAUGGCAGGCCCUGAUGAUUAUUUCAGAGAACUUUUCGCUGAUAAGAUUUGGAUACCUACUAAUUACAUUGGGAACGCACAACAUAAACAGCGGCUCUUCGCUUUGGGAACGAAUCUAAAAUGGUAGUCAUUUUGACAUUUAAGACUUGAAGAGGCGUCUCUUUACCUCUAACUUGGACCCAUGGCGAUUUUUAUUUUAAACAUUGCUUCAAUAAGCCCCAUGCUUUGAAUUUUUCUCUUAUAAGUGUUCCACAGAAUAAAAUUAACAAAACAAAUUGGUUAUAAGACAUUUGAGAGAUUGAUAAAGCGUUUGCUGAUUGAACUGUAAUUAUGAUGCUGUGCUUUUUUUUGGUAAUACAAGUUCUUUUUUUAAAAGCCAAGCAACAGCGAAGUUUAUCUUUAAGUAGCAGCAGGUAAAAUAUAACACAAAUAAGACCAAAACAAAUCCAUACGCCUCUCCGUUCAUUCUGUUUCUAACUGUAAACAAGGCAAAAUAUUUGGGCACUUACAUGCUCAUAACUUUCCCUUCAGGGAAGAUAAGGCGUUUCGAAAAUUCACUUUUCAUUAGAAGAAUCCGUUCAUAUGUUAAAAGAUGGGCGAGAUUACUCGUUUCCUUGCGACAGACGAUUAUGGAUUCGCCAUUCGUCAAUUUGCAAGUACGGAAAUCUGAAUGUUUCUUUAGCGAGUCAUUUUGUCGGCAAGAUCACAGCAGUCUUGCUCAGUGCGUCAGUCAAUGAACACGAACCAAUGAGUGGUUCUCUUUCUCAAAAUGUGUGCCUUUGUUCAACCGACCCCUCCUUAAGCUCUAGACUAAGAAGUUUUGCAUUUGGUUUCUUGAGAUGAUUUUUCCGACAAACUCCCUUUCCCCCUCUAAAGUUUGGUUUCAUGUUUCACCAGAACAAUUACCCUGAAGUAGAUUUUUCCCUUAAGUGAGCAUUAGGUGCUAAUCGCUAUCACAACUCAUCGCCACUUGAGGUUGUCAAAUCAUUCAAUUAAUUUGGAUGACAAUUAUGCGUGCACACAGCAAUCAAAACAACCUCGUCGACCGACGGUGACUUCUAUUGUACCGCGGCACAUCACUAUAGUACAGACACCGAAUUUAAUCCACCCCCAAUAGCGUUACCAAAGGUUUCGUAACACGGUCCGCGUUCAGAAGCGAACGGCGCAAAACAAGUCGCCGCCGUGCGUUAAACAAGCGCAGUACUUUUCGGAAUCCAGGAUGCAAGGAAGUGAUCGGUUUUCUAUCAAUUCUCUCAUUGAUAACAGGAGCAGAGGGAGCCUGAGUAGUGACGGAGAGGAUGCACACGAUAUUUCUGGUCCAGAGGACGAAUCUGCUCCAGAGACAAGACAUGCAGUGACAUCUUUUACAGUGAAAGAUAUUUUGGACCCGCACAAGUUUAAUGCUCCGAGGCGAAGGCCAAGUGAGAGUGAUUCAGACAGCGAAAGCCCUAGUAGAGGAGAAUCAAGAAAUAAUUCAUCAUGGCAUCCAUGGAUGGCGGCGACCAGAUUUAAGCGUUCACAAACCUCAAGCGAAUCUGACAAAUGUAUGGAAAAGGACAAGAACGAACACGAUUCAUCUAAUCAUCAAGAGAACGAAGAAUGCAAGUCGACAUCGGGGUCCAAAUCAAAGAGAAAGCGAAGCGGCUCCGACAGAUCAAAGGAAGGAAAACCACGACGAGCACGAACUGCUUUCACGUACGAACAACUCGUUGCUCUAGAAAACAAGUUUAAGAGUACUAGAUACCUGUCUGUUUGUGAAAGACUGAACUUGGCUCUCUCCCUAAGCCUAACGGAGACACAAGUAAAAAUUUGGUUUCAAAACCGACGCACAAAAUGGAAGAAGCAAAAUCCUGGAGUUGAUGUAACUGCUCCACCACGGCCUACGACUUUGCCCCACGCACCAUCUUUGGCUGGCUACGGAACCGGAAUUCUGUGUACAUCACAGUGCCCUACGCAAAUGCACCACUAUCCACACUAUCAACCGAGCACAGCUCAUGCUCUUCCGUGCAUUAUCAGACCGCAUCCGACCUAUGGACACAUGUAGAAAAAGCAAAGCUGGCCGAAUCAAUAAGAACUACUGAACUGCAUCAAAGAUGUGACACACUUCUACCACUGAAACUUGAAAAAAAAAAAAAAAAAAAAAAACAAUCCACGAAAUCUGCUCCAAAGGAAAUCAGAUUUAUCUUUGUUUGAAAUCGGUAUGAUGUGUGACAUGAUCGUUCAACUAUGCUCGUGGCACUCUUCCGCGAGGAGGGAAAGAAAUUAACUUGGACUGUGGAAUUAUAAACUGCAAAGCCAUUGUGCCGAGUACCAAACCAAUUUCUUAUCCAAUUGCAGUCUGCUCCAAAGCUCUCUAUAAAUUAAAGUGGGUUUUUUUUUUUAUCUAAUCAUAGUAUUUAUAUAUAUGAAUUCCAAGGAUAUUCGAAAAUUUUGUUUUAUUUCGAAGCAGUCGCAUGCGUUCAAGUUUUCAUGUUUAAGUCUGAAUUUUUCUUGAUUAAAUCAAUGCCGAUUGUUCGAGGCGGAAACUAGGAACAGAGGGAGCUGUUAAAAUAUUAUCGUAAGUCAAAUUUCUGAACUGUAAAUACUGUACAAAAGCGAAUGUAAAAUAAUCGACCUCUUGAAGUAUCAUUUACAAACGAAAUUGCAAUGAAUGUUUCCAAGCAAGUUGAGAAAUUAAGUUACAAACCAAAAGAAUGUUUAACUCAAAAUGUACCUUUUUCUUAAAUUGUUAUGAAGGAGAAGCUUAGUAAAUAGCUUUUUUGGCCAGUUAUGUUGGAAACUGAGAACAUUCCAUGAAUAAAACUGGAUUGGAAAAAGUUUUCUGCAGACAGCUGUUUUCACAUUUCAUGAACUGAUUUCAGUACGGCAGCGUCGGUCGUCGUUGUCGAAGGGAAAUCGCCGAGGACUUCAAAUGUUUGUUUAAUAAGGUACAGAGAAACUUGUAAAGCAGUAGCUAAAAAUAAGAUAUAUCUACCACAGAAUCAUCUUUGGCUCAAACAAAGUGUUCAGUCCUUCUGUGAAAAUUUGUUUUGCUAAUUGGCAAAAAAUUUUGCUUUGAAUGCUACAAUGAACCGCCUCCUUUGUUGAUCCAUUACGACCCAAUUUGACCACACUGUGUUAGAGCGACAAAAUGAUCAAACUCACCACGACAUUACUUAUUUUCUUCGUACAAAAGAUUUGUAAUUCUCAGCAAAUAUUGAAUUUACGACCACUUCCCGAUGUCGGCUUUGUUUGAAAAAGAUUUAGAGCGGAAAAGCCUUCAUUAUACAAGGUCUCCUUCAAAGUUCACCUGGUGGAAAAUUACGCAAGUUAUCAAUCACUUUCAAAGAAAAACCUUGACAUUCAAACGUAACUUCAUUUCGAUAUUUUCAAAAUAAUUUCAGGCAAAGGGUGUUGACAAAUCUUGUUUUCAAGGCGCGCAUACUUCGUAUCUAUUCACUUUAGUCCCCAUGCCUAAUAAAGAUCCUCUUCAAGUUCCUUUCCUAGUUUAAUCGCCGUAUUGUCAAAGCUUUGUCGGUUGAAUUAAAAGAAAAAGGAAACUGGAUCAUUUAGUUCAACCAUUUAGUGUGAACUUUAAAACUGAACAUGAUAAAGCUGCUAAGCUAAAAAUAGGCUUUUGACACUGACAGAGAUGAGUUACGUUAAAAUUAUACAAACAUCAUCGGUCCUUUCCUUUUCCUCUCAUAUCUAGCCGAAACUAAUAAGAUUCACUUUCAAACAGAUUUCCAACCAUUCGGUCGAGAGCUAGGCAGCUAGAGCUUUGGGAUAGAAUCUAAGCGUGACAUGAAUGAUCUACUUUGGCUACAGUAAAUUGAAAAUCUUUCGAGUCUGUUUAAUCCAGAAGUGUUUGAUUUGAAAGCACAUGGACUAGAAAAAAGUUCUUUGUUGGGUCAUGAAUCUAUGCUUCCAUUGUUACUUCGUAAAUGAAUCCUCAAGCAUUGUUCUUUGAACACCGAUCAUGAUACUUUACAAUAAAUUGCAAAUCUGAAUUUCUGUUUGCUUUAACUUCACUUGUGUUUUGUUCUAGUCAGUUUUAGAAAUAUCAGGAAAAGUAUAUUAUCUCUCUGAUUAACCCACAAAGUUAUCAGAAACAACUCUGAGUGGAUCUUCUGACGAGCAUGCAAUCACCUCUGAAUGAAUCUCAUUUUUGGAACAUCUCUGUCCGUUUAGAGGUGGUAACUUUCUUUCUAUCUCGAAGCGAUAAGUAUAUCACGACAUCUUUAAUAACCUAGUGCGGUGAGAGUGAUACCAAACAAUAAAAGCCGAUUUCAAAGGACAAGAUUAACGAGGCUGUCGUGAAGAUGUUAUCUUCCAAGCCUGAAGCUACGAAACUUAUUUUGUGGUCGAUAUUAAGGUUAUACUGGCGCCUUCAAGGGGACAAAGUACUGCUCAGUUCUCUUGUUUGACGAAUUCUAAUUUACUCCUGAGAUGUUUGCGAGAGAACACUAACAACUUACGAGAAGCUCUGCACUAGUGGUGCAGUGUUAUCAGUUGCAUUUGCCAACAAAAUAACGCCUCCUUCCACUCAUGGAACAACGAGGCAGAAAUCAGAUUAACAAUAGCGGGUGAGCGGGGUGAGUAUGAACUGAUUCCGCUGAUGUUACAGCAAUCCUUUCGGAUGAUGACUUGUCCUGACUCACAGCUAUCUAUGUACUGAACUUGGACUGAAGAGACCUUAAGAUCUCUUCGUCGCAUAAAUCCCUUAUUGUUGGUUCAUGGCUCUUCAAGUCUACACAGAGGAAAUCUACUUCUCCUAGUUUAUGAACAUUGCUGACGUUUAUACUCUUUGGAAGGUAAAGAGUAUUGCAGGAUUAAGAGAGAAAUCAAGUCUUAAACCAAACAAGGUUUUUUUCCGUCGGAGUAUAGACGUAAAGGGUGGGUUAGAGAGAAGAGUAAGAAAGUAACAUGCCCUUUAUAGUUCAUGAAAUACGUACUCUGUCCAAUACAAGCCAUUCACAAAGACCAAUUUAACCUCAGAUAGUUUCAAAUUAAUUGUAAAAUCACUGCAUGGAUACCUGGCACUUGCGCCACUUAUAACGAGUGUUUAAAACGAAACUUACUCCACGAAAGUUAACGGUGCAAAACAAUCGGCGAUCUUACACUUCUUACAGCAACAAAGCAUGGGCGCACCUUAAAACCGCCUGUUUACUUUCUCAACUGUCCCUUGUAAGUUCAGAGCUAUACACUGUCUACGGUGUCAGAGAAAAAAAAUAUUGUGCCUCAGCUGUGAAAGCAAGUCCAACAGAACUCUUCAUUAAACUUAGCAGUUACGAUUCUUAAUCUCCUCUACUACUGAUUACUGACACCCAUCAAGUUUUUAGUGGAAGGAACAUACUCUUUUCUGUUAUCUAAGUUAGUAAGUUGUAAUACCCUUUGUGAGUAUGUUACAUGUCCAUUCCUAUAGUUUUAGUCAAAGAUAAUGACAACAGAAUUUUCUAAAAGAAUUCAACUUCCUCUCCAUAUGGGAGAAUCAUCAUGUUACAAUUAUCUAGUGGUUAAAGCUUUAUGUUGCCCUUUUAUUUGGCUAGAUUUCAUUGCUCAAUCUAAGCAGCUUUUUAAGAAUGAUGGACAUAAAUACAUGUAUGGAAAACA